GUAUUGGCUAGAACCACUUCCCGAUAGAUCGCUACCAAAUAUCACAAUUAUAGAACAAAUGUUCAAGGUCUUAAAUAAGCUUCCGAUUACCACUGAACAUCUUUUGUCCAGUAAAGUCGGAAGAAUUGUUUUUUUCUAUCAAGAUUCUCCACGAAGUGACGAACGUAUCAAACGACUCGCUUCAGAAUUGGUCAGAAAAUGGACAAGAAAAAUCUAUAACAUUAGCACAAACUACAAAGAUAAGAAUUUCAAACGAGUUGAAUUCCAUCCCGAAACGAUGGCAGAAGCACACGCAACAGCAGCAUCUAAUAAUGCUAUCUCAGAAGAUCGAUCACACCAAACAGCAUCAUCGUCAACUCGUGCUCGUAUUCCACAAGCAGCAUCGUUUGAUUAUGACGUAAUGCCUGAAGUAAGGAUUAUACAAAAUCGCAAGCGAGCAGAUGACCCAUACAAGCAUAUAAAGCAAACUAUGGCCCGAAUGCGUCGACAACAAAAAUAA